UGCUCAUAGGCUUCGUCAACUUUUCUUUCGCUGCAGAGAAAUUAAAAAGGAAAAAAGAAGAAGAAAAUCUCCAGUUGCUUCUCAGUUCUCACAAAUCCCCCAAAAUGUGGGUCUUUCCUCUUUAGAACUCUCCUCCCACUGUUUCUAUGUCUCCCUGAUCCAUCAAAUUCUUCUUCUUCUUUGAUCCAUCUCUCUAACAGCCACUCCUUUAAAACUCAUCAAUUCUUUGGACGUUCCUCGCUGUUUCAAGAAACCCAGAUCGGAAUUCACUUCCUUUGAUAGCAAACCGUAGUGGGAUUCUAAAUUUUUUUCACUAUCCGUACCUUGAAAAGCCCCUUUUUUUAGUUGAAGUUUCGACCUUUUGUUAUUCCGAAGUGAUUUUUAAUAAAGGGUAUUGUUUUUAAAGGAAAUGAGGGAUGUUUUCAUGGUUAGCAAGGAUAGCUUUCGCUUGUUGGGGACCAGUGAGUCGAUAUGCCCGUAUGAACAAGGAUAAUAACAACACCAGUAAUAAUGAGCUUGAAGAAGAUUCUUCAUCUUUACGUGAUUCACUUCUUUGGUGUAGAGACCUUGAGAAACACUCUUAUGGUGAUUUCUCAUUUGCUGUUGUUCAAGCCAAUGAGAUCAUUGAAGAUCAUAGUCAAGUUGAGACCGGCAAAGAUGCUACUUUUGUUGGUGUCUACGAUGGACAUGGCGGCCCUGAUGCUUCUCGCUUUAUCUCCGAUCAUCUCUUUCAAAACUUUAUUAGGUUUGCUCGAGCAGAUGGAACCAUCUCUGAAGAUACACUUAAAAGUGCUUUCUCUGCAACCGAAGAUGAGUUUCUGAAUCUUGUACGUAGGUCGUGCGGAAUAAAACCAUUAAUCGCAGCAAUAGGAUCUUGUUGUCUGGUUGGAGUUAUAUGGAGGGGAACGUUAUACGUUGCUAAUUUGGGCGAUUCUCGAGUUGUAAUUGGGUAUUUAGGUAGAUCGAACAAGAUAGUUGCUGAGCAGUUGACUAGAGAUCAUAAUGCAAGUAUAGAGGAGGUGAGACAGGAACUCAGGUCAUUGCAUCCAGAUGAUUCUCAUAUUGUUGUUAUGAAGCAUGGAGUAUGGCGUAUUAAGGGCAUCAUUCAGGUAUCUAGAUCUAUAGGAGAUGCAUACUUGAAGCGGCCUGAGUUUUCUCUUGAUCCUUCUUUCCCGCGAUUUCACCUUUCCGAGCCCAUUCGUCGACCUGUGUUAACAGCAGAACCAUCCUUGUGCACCAGAGUGUUACAAUCAAGUGAUAAGUUCCUCAUUUUCGCGUCCGACGGACUUUGGGAACAUUUGACAAAUCAGCAGGCAAUCGAGAUAGUUUAUAAAUAUCCACGAGCAGGAAUUGCAAGAAGGCUUGUUAAAACGGCUUUAAGUGAGGCAGCAAGGAAAAGGGAGAUGAGAUAUGAUGAUCUUAAGAAGGUCGAUAAAGGGAUUCGACGGUUUUUCCAUGACGAUAUUACGGUGGUUGUCAUCUUCAUAGACCAUGAAUCGUCUGGUACAAAGAUGUCUGUACCUGAGCUAUCUGUACGGGGAUUCGUCGACACUAUCGGACCAUCAAACUUCAACAUUCUCUGAGGUUUGAUGAUGUAUAUCAGCAAAUAAACGGGCCUUAUCAUUUGAAUCAAUACCGUCACUUGAAAUAACCACCCCCCCCUCCAAAAAAAACCAACUGGUAGCUGUUUCUGAAGUUUUUUUUCCAAUUACCAAGCAACAAUAAUCUG